AGUACAUGUAUAUGUACAUGAGAAUCAAAACGACAACGACGAAAAAAUAAAGUUUUAUCAAAGGAAACUAACAGAAUUGGUGACGAAUCAUAAUUUUACGAGAUAUGAUUGUUGUGUUGAAAAUCAAAGGCAAAUACCGAUGGUUGUUAUCAUAGAGGAAGAUAAAUCUGAUCUUCAGCAAUGUCUUAAACGUAUUGACGAAGAAUUGAUUGAGAAAGAGUAUGUUGGAAGAGUCAUUGCAGUUGUGGUUCAUACAGAUAACGCUUCUACUUUGGAGCUCCAUAUUGAGGAUUACAACCUUACUUUGGUUGAAGAUUAUGUAACAAUACAUUUUGAAGACAAACCAUGUAAAUGGCCACUGACACUUAAAUAUAGGCAGGCUGUCAAUAAAAUUCGAGAUUUGACAAACAAGAAAACAGUCCUAGUUUAUGAUGCUGAAAGAGGAGAAACAACGAGUUGUUUUAUCAAUGACCUUCAAAAGCAUCUUCCCAAAUUUAAAUUGAAAGACUUCCACAAAGCUAGUGACGCAGAAAAAACCUUUCUUAAAGUUAUUGCAAUUUUAAGGCACAUUUCAAUACGCGUUGAAGAUGACUUUGGUCCAUUAUGGAAUCAAUUAGAUAAAGGCGUGUACAUUUCUUGA